UGUAUCUUCAAUUGCAAAUGAAAGUAUACCGAAUGGAGGGCUCCUAGUCUGGUUGAUUCGGGCGUUGGACAUCGACGAGGAAGCUUCUCCCACGCAGCCAGGAAGCUUCUGUGCACAUAUUUUACAUUCAGAUUUAUCGUUUUGCCAUUGUUCAACGAUAGCGUGAAGAGUGAAACGUCGCUUCUAUACCAACGGCAGAUCAAAACUUUCCAAGAAUUUUCUUUUGAGCGGACACGACCUUCUCUUUUGUUCAAUUUUCAGGAAUGUUGGCUGUAUUCUCGGUGUCGAGACCGAACGCGAUCCUUGCCAUUGUCGUCGUCUUUUUGGGACUAUUGGCACCCACCAAAUGUUUCCCCAUCAUCGGAGAGCCUUUCGUACCACCGGAAUUCUUACCUACAACAGCCAGGGCGAAUCCGGCCAUUCCGGAAGCGAUUCCGUACACCAGGAUUCCUUACACUCCGUCAACAGCGGCUCCAAAAGAAAAUGCUUAUCCAUCACCGUCGACUUAUUCCUAUACUUUGCAACCGGAAUCGACAACAACGGCACUAUCAUCAAGAACAGCUGCGGAGAAAAUCCAGUCGACAGUAGCAACUACAACAAGUAGUACCGACGCUCCUGAAUUGGCAGCCACAUCCGCGAUCACAACCAGUUCUAUUAUUCCGUCGGACGUGCCAACUUCGCCACCAGCGAACGCGGGACAAGUUGACGACUCGGCGUUUGAACACUUUAGUUUGAAACCCCAUCAAGCCAAACCUUUGUGGACUCAUAAAGACUCCGUGGGUUGGCACAGCAAAUUCCCGACGUGCGGUGGCAGUCAGCAAUCUCCGAUCGACAUCCAGCCGAAAUCGACCGUCCUGACAGCUUACCCGAAAUUUACAUUCCACAAUUAUGGAAACCUCAUUAGCAUGGAGUUGAUCAACAACGGACAUAGCGCCGUGUACAAUUUACCGCCCGACUAUCCCACGGAAGAAAUGCCUCACAUAACCGGCGGCGGUUUGGAUGACACGUUCGCCUUCGUUCAGUUUCACCUGCACUGGGGAAGUGAAUCGAGUAAAGGCAGCGAACAUUUGAUCAAAUCAAAAGGUUAUCCCGGGGAACUGCAUUUGGUUCAUUUCAACACCAAGUACGGAUCGUUCGCCGAAGCCAGUCAACACUCUGACGGUGUGGCCGUCUUGGGUAUUUUUCUCAAGGUGGGCCCGAGUGAUAGCCAAUCGUUUCAGCCUCUGGUUGAGCAACUGGGUGAAAUCUCCAAGGAUGGUGAUGAAACGGUUUUGAGAAAACCGGUGGCGUUGAACGACAUUUUACCCGGGCGGACUUCGUCGUUUUAUCGGUACAGCGGCUCGUUGACUACGCCAAACUGUCAGCAAAUUGUCAUCUGGACCAUUUUCGACAAUCCGAUUGAAAUAUCAGAAAAGCAGUUGGACAAAUUCAGGUCCCUGCAAGGUGACGACGGAUUCAAUAUGGUCAACAACUUCCGUCCGACAUUGCCCGUGAACGGACGCACCGUUUUCUACCGAUCUUUCACUGGCUGCGAAAUCUCCCGAUCCUGGCCCAUCACCUCAUCUCCGUUUUCAGAAGCUUACAAGUGGAGCAAGUGCUUGAUGGGCUUCGCUUACAAGUCGGUAGCCCCAUCGUUGUUAUAACAUCAUCUAAGGCUUCUCAAACGUCAUUCAAAACAUUACAAUUGUGUCAUCGCUAGCGAAUGAAAUCGAUCCCGUGCAGCCAGUUCUCCUAUUGCAGCGUCCUGUAAUUUAUGCCAACCCAUCCAACUUGACAAAAAUAAUCUCAAUCUCUCUUUUAUUCUGUUUUUUCUUUCUUUAUUGUCACCUUUGUCAAUACCCGCGUGCUAUACUGAACAUAUUAUUUGGUGUGGUUGAUUGUCUGCAUGUAAUUACCUCGCUGAAAAUAAAUACACCUGUAACAAAUGUA